CUAUGUGGUUUAUUUCUAGACUUCUUUAGAUAUAACUCAAGGUUAACAUAACAUCUUCAGUUAAGAUACUUAGGUAAAUAGUGCAGCUUCUGUUCCUAGAUUAUCAAAAUGAGUGAUUUAGUAAUUGGAAUAGAUCUAGGUACAACAAACUCUUGCGUUGCCGUUUUUAUGAAUGGCAGGAUGAAAAUUCUGGAAGAUAAUUCAGGCGUACGAAUUGUACCAUCAUUUAUAUUCUUUAACGCAGAUGGGAGCGUUUUCAUUGGGGAGCAUGCGAAAAGCAAGGCGACGGAUGCACCCAUGAAUGGGAUUUAUGAAAUGAAGCGGCUUGUAGGCAGAAAAUAUGACGACUCCGUGCUUCAGAAAAGUUUGAAAUACUUUCCUUUCGAUGUUUCAGCCGAUUCUUCAAACAACCUUAUUGUUUCUUUUAAACAGAAAGGUGUUAGCAUUACAAAGACUUCUCAACAAUUAUAUACAACUCUGCUUAAAGAAUUGAAAAAUUACACGAAAAAAAAAUUGGGUGAAGCUGUUAAUAAGGUUGUUAUUACAGUUCUAGCCUAUUUUAACGUUACACAAAGAGAAGUAACUUUAGCGGCUGCUAAAGAUGCUGGGUUUACCGCGCUUAAACUUCUAAACGAACCGACGGCUGCUGCUUUGGCUUAUUAUCACGAUCACGAUAUUCAAGAAACGCAUCGUUCCUUGGUUUACGAUUUGGGUGGCGGUACUUUUGAUGUUGCUAUUCUCGAAAAACGUUCUGAUGGCAUAGAUGUGAUUUGUGUAGCUGGAGAUACCCAGCUGGGAGGACACGACUUAGAUAAUUGUAUUUUGGAGUAUGUUUGUCAACAAUUGAGGAACAAAUAUGGCUAUGAUGCAAGUCGUAAACCUGAUGAUAAAAGAAGAUUACGAAACAAGUGUGAAAAAGCAAAAAAGAAACUUUCCAUUUCAAACGAGGCCUGCAUUACUAUUAAUGGUAUGGUUCCGAACGUUCAAGUUAAAAUCUCCUUGACACGGAAAGAAUUUGAAAAGAUGGCCUAUAAGUUUUUCCAGAGAACCACUGAGAUACUAGAUAAGUGUUUGAAGGAUUCCGGAUUUCGUAAAAUAUCAAUUCAGGAAGUUAUUCUGUGCGGUGGUUCCACGCGUAUACCAAAAAUUCAAGAACUGCUUUCUGAUUACUUUGAUGGUAAACAAUUAAACAAGUUUGCAAACCCUGACGAAUGCGUUGCUGAAGGUGCAGCGUUACAAGCGGCGAUGUUGUCAACCAGCACAAGACAGCACAUCGGACAACUGAAAAUGGUCGACGUAGUACCUCUUUCUAUAGGUUUUGAUAACCAUUGCCGGAAAAUGAUUUUUAUUAUUAAACGGGGCUCUAAAUUGCCCGCAAGUGCAUCACACACCUAUGUGAAUGUAGAGGCUAAUCAAACUGCAAUGGAAUGUAGAAUAUAUGAAGGAGAGCGUUUAGAUGCCAGGAAGAAUCGCCAUUUAGGUAGUAUAUCGAUUAAUAACAUAACCCCCGCACCUCCUCGUCAAGUAGAAGUUGUGUAUAACUACCUUGAGUAUUGAUACAAAUGGUAUUUUGACAGCGAAAGCUAAUGAAAAAUUACGCAACAACACUAAGGAAUUGAAAGUUGAGUAUAUCAGGGGCAUCAGAAGUGAUCAUGAAAUUAUGAAUUCACUUUUGGCUGCUGCAGAAAAUAAAAUUAGUGACGAAAAAUUUGUACGAUUUGUGAAAUUUAAAGAGUAUUUAAUCUACUAUUGUACGAGUGUAACCUAUAAUCUAGAAGAUCAAGAUCUAACUGGCGAUUAUGUAGAAAUUUAUGACUUUUGUGAGAGUACCUUUUUAAUAGCAAAAACGCUGGAGAUGGAUGAAGAAAAUCGAGUAAAUCAACUAAUUCAG